UGUUUUGAGAAUGAGGAGAGACGACGCGUGGAGAGACAAUUGAGAUUCUCCCAUUUUUUGUCAGCACGGUCAUCUAGCUAGCUACAGUCAUACAAUGGCAACGUUUUUCGGAGAGGUUUUAUCUGUGUACUCGCGUGCAGUCGAAGAAGACGACGAUGAUCUGGAUGAUGAAAACGAAGAUGAGCGAAUUCACAGAGAGAUAGAAGAAAAGAGGGAGGUCCAUAUUGUGUGGUGCCCUGAAGUCGCACAAUCACUUGAGGACUCUGGCAGCAACAAAUUGCAAUGCUCAGACCUCAUCAUUGCCGUGGGCACUAAUGCUGCAGGAUUUCUGUCUGCAUAUGUGUUGAACACUGAAAGCUGGGAUGCAGUGGGCCAUGUGUCACUAUGGAAUGAGAGGAGUAGGGGCUCCAGUAGACAGAGCAUUGCCCAACUGCCUGGAGAGCCAGCCUGUCUCUUCUACCGACACAGGGACAACCCAGCAGUCCUGGUCUGCCAAAGCACUUGUUACAUUGCGGAGGACCAACUGUUUCAAUGGACAGAAAAGGUGUUUGGCUGCCUCCAGAAGAGAGGGCUCAGUGUGAUGGUGCUGUCGGACAGCCCUGUGGCUGAGUACAAAACGCCAGACUACCUCUACGGUAGCGCUGUCCCUUUCCUACGCUCCCUCAAGAGCAGUGCCUCCAAGGGCCAGGCCCUCUGCCCUGCACUAGAACAGCCAAACAUCCUCACUGGACUGCCAGCUGCAGUACUGAGCCACUGCCAAGUCCAUCAGAUUCCAGCUGUUCUGUACCAAUGCUACACUGAUGUCAUCAGCCCAGACUCUAUCACCAUGGAAACCUACAAACCUGCCCUGUUGUGUCUAAGCAAGUUGGUCAAGUUGGAGCCUUGUCUGAGCGCUGACGUCCUCCGAAAGUUUGCCAUAAUCACUGAGGCUCAGAGUAAUCUGUAUACUUAAAUGUAGAAGAUGUAUUUGUAGUGAACAGGCUCUGUAUUUGUCUUUUACCUAAUGAACAGGUUCACUUUAUUUGAACCAAAUCUGUAUUUUGGAUGUAUAUGGCAUUUUAUAGAAGUGUCCAGACACUUUUUUGCAAUUUCACUUGGUUUUGAGAAACUUACCCCACCAGCCAUAGAGUUCCUCAUGCUCGUUCUGCAGUUGCACAGAUAUAACAUGAACAAAAGCUCCAAAAACACCCAAAUAUGUCCUUUUAAAAACAGCAUUGCUCUCAGUAUAACGAUGCAGGUCUUUAGACGUCAUUACAAACUUUAAAUUCUAAUUUGUUGGACUCAAGCGAUACUUCUCCGUGUAGGCCUUCUCCGGGCAUUGCUCAAGACCUGCAUUGCUAUACUGAGAGCAUUACCGUUUCUAAAAGGAUGUAUUUGGGUGUUUUUGGAGAGUUUGUUCAUGUUUUAUCUGUGACCCUGCAACUGCAGAACAAGCAUGAUGAAGUUUAUCACCAGUGGGGUAAGUUUGUCAAAACCAAGUGAAAUAAAAAAUGUUUGGACAUUUCCAUAACAUUCCAUUUACAAAAAAAGUUAACCUUUUCAUUUAAACUGUAAAAUAAUAUGUAAGUAAUGUUUUAAUUUGGAAGAAGUGAAGGGCACCUUCAUUGAAAAUAAAAAGGUGCAACACUCAGCA